AUGCAAGAUCGUGUCGAGGGGGAUGGGCCAGCACAGGCUCCACCUAGUACUAUUGUCACCCCAGUGCUUCAAGAUACCUUGGCUCGUAUGUUAGGAAUCCAAGAGGGGAUGGCUCAGGUAGGAGCUUUGCCUGUCACUUCUGAUGGCUCACAGACCCAUGUUGGAGGUCAGACCUCAGAUCCGAUAGUUGCUCUAGAUUCUCAGACUCUUAGGACUCAGCCAGCUGCUGUUGUAGCUCCUCGUUUUGAUAGUAUGGAGUUUACAGAUAUUGCAUCACAUUUAGCAAACAGAAUUUCUAUGACCAUUGAUCAGCAAAACAAAUUUGGGAGGUUCAGACUAAUGAAUCCUCCUACUUAUAUUGUGAGAGGGAGUGCAAGAGGGACGAGUUUGAGGGUUUUGCAGCAAGGUGGUAUAUCAGUUAUAGAGUAUGAGGGUAAAUUUCAUGCCUUGGAUAGGCAUGCUUCAAUGAUACAUCCCAUAGAGGUUGAGAGAGUGAGAAGGUUUGUUAAGGGGCUGAUUAUUCUGAUUCACCUAGGAGUUUCUCAGGUUGCUGCUUCUGGUGUUCCAUUCCAGAAAGUGGUAGAUGUUGCUAAGGAGUUGGAGAUGAUUCGGCGUGAGGGAUUUGAGCAGCGUGAGGGCAAGAGGACUCAUUAUUCAGGUGAUUAUGGUGGUGCUCCACCUAGGAGUCGAUGUUACUUGGGAAGAGGUUCUCACCCUCGGUCCAGCAGACCCAUUCAUGCUGCUAUACCAGCGUUUGAGACUGGUUACCCUAGGCGUAGAUCUUCGAGCUCAGUGCAUACUUCACAGGGUUCACCUUCUAGACCUAUACCUGCAUCUCGUAGGGGCUAUUUUGAGUUUGGUGAUAUGGGACACUAUGUGAGAGACUGCCCUAGGACCAGACGUGGUGGCUUACAUCAGAGUUCUCAGGCUUCGACUUCUAGGGCUGCACAACCUCCGGCUAUGGGUGGUGCACAAAAUGGUAGAGAUAGUUCUCAUUCAGGUAGAGGUGUUUCUCCUUCUGGUCGAGGUGGUGGUCGUGGAGGUAUUAUUCCGGUUUGUCAUCGACCAGCUACUGUAUUAUUUGAUCCAGGCUCUACUUAUUCUUAUGUGUCCACAUAUUUUGCACCUACUCUGGAUAUAUUAUGUGAGUAUCUUGAUUUUCCGAUAUACGUUUCUACUCCUGUCGGGGAUUCUGUAGUGGUAGAUCGGGUGUAUCGAUUAUAUUGGUUAUCUUAUUACCAUGCAAUUAUAAAUUACUAUGCCAAGACAAUCACUUUAGCUAUGCCUGGAAUUCCAGUAGUAGAAUGGAGAGGUCUUCCACUAGAUCGUGAUAUUGAUUUUUGUAUUGAUGUGGAUCUAGGCACUCAGCCUAUUUCCAUUCCUCCUUAUCGUAUGGCACCGGCUGAAUUGAAAGUGUUGAGGGAGCAGUUGCAGGAUUUGUUGAGCAAAGGUUUUAUUAGACCGAGUGGUGCUUCAGUUUUCUCCAAGAUUUAUUUGAGAUCUGGUCAUCACCAGCUGAAGGUUAGGGCGGAAGAUAUCCCUAAGACAGCUUUUCGAACACGUUAUGUCCAUUACGAGUUUUUGGUGAUGUCUUUUGGAUUGACUAAUGCCCCUGCAGCUUUUAUGGACUUGAUGAAUGGAGUUUUCAGACCGUAUUUAGAUUCAUUUGUUAUUGUCUUCUUAGAUGAUAUAUUGAUAUACUCACGCACUAAGGAGGAACAUGAACAUCAUUUGAGGAUCGUGCUUGGGAUUCUAAAGGAGAAGCUUUAUGCAAAGUUUUCGAAGUGUGAGUUCUGGCUCAGUUUGGUAGCAUUCUUGGGACAUGUAGUGUCCAAGGAGGGUAUUAUGGUGGACCCUAAGAAGAUCGAGGCGGUUAGAGAUUGGGUCAGACCUGCUUCAGUCACUGAGAUUCAGAGUUUUUUUGGCCUUGCUGGUUAUUAUAGACGGUUUAUAGAGGGUUUCUCAUCCAUUGCAUCUCCAUUAACUAGAUUGACACAGAAGGAGGUGACUUUUCAGUGGCCUAAUGAGUGUGAGGUUAGUUUCCAAAAUCUCAAGACUUUAUUGACUACUGCUCCGAUUUUGACCCUACCCGUGGAGGGAGAGGGUUUUGUUGUAUAUUGUGAUGCUUCUCGGAUUGGUAUGGGUUGUGUAUUGAUGCAAAAGGGAAAGGUGACAGCUUAUGCGUCGAGGCAGUUGAAGAUCAUCGUAGUCUCCAGUAUAUUCAAUAAGAGAUAUCUCACUUUGAGGCAGCGGAGAUGGUUGGAGUUGCUCAAGGACUACGACAUGACUAUUCUUUAUCAUCCAGGUAAGGCAAAUGUUGUAGCAGAUGCCUUGAGUCGGAAGGCAGUAAGUAUGGGUAGUCUAGCCAUGUUACAGGGUAGCGAGCGUCUUUUAGCUAGGGAUUUCCAAUCCUUGGACAAUAGCUUUGUGAGACUUGAUAUUUCAGAAUCUGGUAGGGUGUUUGCUUAUAUGGAGGCUAGGUCAUCCUUGUUGGAGCAUAGUCGAGCUCAACAGUUUGAUGAUGGUGACUUAUGUAAGUUUAGGGACAAGCAAGUGAAGUAUGAACACCAAAAGCCCGGAGGUGUGACACAAAGGAUGUCUAUACCUGAGUGGAAGUGGGAGCGUAUUGCUAUGGACUUUGUGGUAGGAUUGCCACGCACCUUGGAUCGUGGCACCCAAUUUCCAUCUCAUUUCUGGCGGUCUAUGCAGAAGGAGUUGGGCACUCGGGUGGAUCUCAGUACAACCUUCCACCCUCAGACUGAUGGUCAGUCUGAACGGACUAUUCAGGUUUUUGAGGACAUGUUGUGUGCAUGUGUGAUUGACUUUGGUGGUCACUGGGAUCAGUUCUUGCCAUUAACGGUGAGAUGUCGAUCUCCAAUUAGAUGGUUUGAUGCAUUUGAGGUUAGACCGUGGGGUACAGAUUUGCUGAGGGAGUCCUUGGACAAGGUCAAAUUGAUCCAAGAUAGACUUCUCAUGGCUCAAAGUAGGAAAAAGAGUUAUGCAGAUAGGAAGGUUCAUGAUUUGGAGUUUAUGGUUGGAGAGAGGGUUCUAUUGAAGUUGGCUUUGCCACUUGGAUUGUCAGGCGUCCAUCCUGUAUUUCAUAUUUCGAUGUUGAAGAAGUAUCAUCAGGGUGGUGCUCAUGUGAUACAAUGGGAUUCAUUGUUACUUGAUCAAAAUUUGACUUUUGAGAAAGAGCCGGUUACCAUUUUGGAUAGACAAGUUCGAAAGUUGAGGUCAAAAGAGAUUGCUUCAGUAAAGGUUCAAUGGAAGCAUCGUCUACAUGGAGACAGAGUAAGACAUGAGGAGUAA